GAUAGAAUCGGGGAGAGUGGUGAACCCUGUGGGGUUCCGUUAGCAACAUCUUCAAGAUUAGAAGUGAUACCAUCUACGCAGACAGCGGCUUUGCGGUCUGACAGAAAGUAUUUCACAAAUUGGACUAUCUGUAGCGGAAUGCCUUUCCUGCGAAGUUCAUACAGUAAGCGAUCAUGA